UGAAGUGCAACGUGACUGACGUGAACGUGCCCUGGUCACGUUGUCCUUCAGUCUGAAGGACGUUUAGUGCUACUCUCCAACUGUUAAAAUGAACUCAUCUAAACCUUACAUCGGCUGUAAAAUAGCUUUGAUUUCUAAGGCUCUGAACAGAUAUGUGGGCAUAUUGUACACCAUUGACAAAGUAAACUCAACUGUGGUCCUGGCAAAAGUGAAGUGUUAUGGGACCGAAGGGCGACUGACUGACCAGCCCACACCACCCAGAGAUGACAUCUAUGAGUACAUCACAUUUAGAGGAAGUGAUAUUAAAGACAUCAACCUUUGUGAACUACCUCCAUCCCAAUACGGUCUGGCUCCAGAUCCUGCUAUUCUGCUGUCCUCAGGUGCUAGUUUGCCAGACCCACACUCUACAUUACAUCUUGGAGCAGUUCAAGUACCCAUUUACCACCAAGUGUCUGCUCAGCCUGUUCACAUUGGGGAGUAUACUGCUGCUCUUGGCAUUGCCAUGAAGCGACCAAUGGUGGAAAAGGCAGUACAAACCAUUGGCACUGAGAGAAACAGACGAAUUUUACAUCUAUCCAAUGAUGACUGGGAGCAGAAUGGGCCCCCAACCCAAGCAUCAGUCCAAGAGCCACUGCAAAGGCAACCAGCCAGACCUCCCCCCAGACAACAGGAUAGAGAGCCUCCUCGCCAUAGACCACCUCCCAUAAUGAGAGGAGGCCCACGUUUCCCACCAGCUCAACAGAACCAUGGAUACUGGCAAAACAUGGAAAACAUACCGCCAAGGAGGAGACAAGGUUCCUGGAGAGGCAGGAAUCGUCCCUCCGAUGGGCCAUUGAGGUUUGAUACCGACUUUGAUUUUGACUAUUCAAAUGCACAGUUUAUAAAGGACUACAAUAUUCAAGAACCACGCAAUGCUACAAUGGAGAAUGAGGCAAAUGACUCUCCCUUUGACGAUGAUCCUUUUGGGCAAAAAUGUGUUUAUAAUAAAGCUAAAUGUUUUUAUGAUAACAUUCCUAGUCCCUCUGAGCAGAAAUUAAGAUUGUCAUGGGCAGAGGAACGCCAGCGCAAUAUGGAAACCUUUGGUGCUUCAGGAUGGCCUUUGAGGAGCCCGGGCUUCAGAGGGGGCUACACCCGGGGAAGAGGGCAGAGAUCUGGACAGAGAGUCUUUGCAUUCUAACCUGGGAGGGAGAUCAAUGCCAUCUUCAAUAUGCUCUUAAAAACAGAAAAUCUAUGCAGUGUUUAUGAACUUGACGGGUCUGUGUUUAAAUUGUAAUAAAACUAUUUUGAAUAAA